AUGUAGUUAUCUAAAAAAAUCGAAGAGUUUUAAGACCUUGAUCCAACUGAACUCAUUCCUCAAAGGAAAAUAUCGAGAACUGUGGGAUACUAGAAUAGCUAAUCAAUUUAAGAGGAGGAUGAGGAAUAGUCUUCUUCAAGUUUAUAAUAGCAAUAGCGAAAAUUGAUAUUUAUGAAUUCGCCGAUCUAAUAGCCAUGCGACAUAAGUGGGAGUGAUAUGAAGGUACCCACAAUUUAUACUAAUAUUCAUUCAAACAAAAGUUUUGAGAAGAAUUCUUUUCAAAAGGAAUCAAAAGUAAAAGUGGUUGAAAAUAACAGUGCUAGUAGGUUGGUUGAUGUUUCAGGUUUAGAGCCUCAUGAUUCAUUGCAAUCUGAAUCACUGCAGUUAUAAUUGAUGGACAAAAACAAAUCUGGCACUCUUAAUUCUCAGCGCGUGAAGAACAUAGUCAACAAGUUUGUCCAAAGGAUGAGAAGAAAGAUUAAUUGGAGUUAAUUGAGAGACAUCACUUUGAUCGACGAUUCAGCCUAAAUCUAACCUCAAAUGUAUCGAUGGUUCACGAUCUCCUACUUUGUUUUGACCUCAGCGAUCAUCUUCGCGUCUUCUAUUAUUAUUCCUCUCUAAGCAACCGAAGAACCAGGCUUUGAUAUUGCAGCUUAUAUAAUACAUGGAUUUUCAAUCCUUCAAAUAGCUGCUGAUAUUCAUUUUAAGAGAGGACCGUUUCACUUGAGUGAGGGUAAGUUCAAUACCGAAUAUUUCGAUAACUCUAAGAUCGUCUUGGAUUUAAGCCGACUAGCCUCAACUUUGAUAUUAAUCUUUUCGUAUCAAUACAGGAUCAAAUACAUCAUUAUCCCUUUUAUUAUUUUGCAAUUAGCCAGACAAGCAGAACGAUUCGAAAACAUAUACACAUCCACUUAGUUAGCAACUUACAUCCUAAUUCUUUGGGUGGCAUUGAUUAUGACAUUUGCAUGUUUAUUAGAAUCCGAUGAAGGAAUUAAUUAUUCACUUACAUUAGCGGUUUCCAUAUUGACACACAAUGGUGCUAUAACAAUAGAUGUCACUCCUUCAAAUGCUACACUCCUGCAAAUUUUUAUGAUCGUUAGUUCCUUCAAUAUGAUUUAUACUGCAUCAGUAAUAUUCAUUUGGAUCAAACCAUCUAAGAAGUUGGAAGAGGAGAAGGAAAAACAUCUAGCUGCUUUUUUGAAUGGAAUUAAAGACAAAAGUCUUGACUACGGAUUACAAUGUCGUUGUUACUCAUAUUUAGAAUAUGUAAUUGAUGAAGACAUCAUAAAGACUAGAGAUCUUUUAGCUAAGAAGUUGUCUCCAGGUCUCUAGGAAGAACUCUAGAUCUCUAUCCGCUCUAAGAUGGUUGAUAAAAUAAAGUUGUUUAAUAAGUUUUCGUCCAGUUUGAAGUAACAACUGAUUUAUUGGUUCGACAUGGCCCAAUAUAAUCCUGAGGAGAAUAUUGUUUAAGAACAUUAGGUUGAAGAUUUCUGUCUCUACUUUAUUUUAAAAGGAAAAGUGAAGAUUCAAUAUUAAGGUUAUUUUCAAGGCAAACCAAAAAGGACGUUUCAUACCUUGUCUGAAGGAUAAACCUUUGGGGAAUUCUCAUUCGUAAGUGGGAUUCCUCCUUAUAUUUCCAUCAAUAGUCAAAGCUUGACCACAGUAUUGAAAUUGAGAAGAUCGGAUUUCUUGGAAAUCAUUAAGACUUUCCCUCAUGAUAAUGAGAUAUUUUGUUUAUUCAAAGAUAAUUGCAAUUAGAAUCAUAAUACUUUUGAAUGUCAUUAUUGUAAAUCCAAGGGUCAUCUGUUAUUUGAAUGCCAAUACUUGUAAUAUUAUCCAAAUAAAAUAAACAUUAUUGAAAGGCAUAUCUACCCUCAUAACUAAUAACGCUUUAAAAUUGAGAGAAAAAACAAAGAACCUAAGGCUCUGUUGAUGUUGUUUGUUGUGGGGGAAAGAGCCAAGCAAUAUCAAUAGAAGUUAUCAUAGGAAGUAAUGACAUCAGAGGACUUCCCGAUGUCAUCGCAACUACCUUACAGCGAAAAUUAGACAUAACACUCCGCCAGCUAUUUGAGUAAAACAUAAUCAGUUCAUAAACAGAGUCCUGAAAUAAGUGACAACCAAGACAGUGAAGGGGAUUAGCUCUAUGAAGAUUUGGGCAUUGAUCCUGCAUUCAACAACUAGUUAAGAAAAUAAUAAAAUAAAACUACUCUAAGAACAGCAGGAUUUCCCUUUAUGUCUGAAACUCUAGAGAAUUUGCAUAAGGAGAAAUUGCAAGUUAUCACGGAGUAAUCCCAAAGUAAGUAACUUGAAACUCUUAACUCAAAACAAGAAGAUACAAAUUAGUUGAGCAAGCAGAGCAGUGGUUCUCAAGCCUUUGCUAAGAAAAAUCAUCUCUAUGCUGCUGCUCGUUCUAUGCAUACCAAAUUGACUUUUCGUUACUAACAAUAACAAUCAGGAUAGAUGGAUGAUCAAAAUUCAAUCAGACAAACCUCAAAUCGAUCUAACACCUACUCCAAUCCUCUGUCUAACAACUUAUCUAAUAAUCCCUCCAGCAAUUCUAAGGUUAAUACUAAGUCUGCUAGAGUUUCUCCAACGCAAUUUCAAUAGCCUCCGCCCUAAAAAAAGAAGGAGGAUAAAGGAUCGUAUAGUGAUUAAUCACUCUCAGAAUAGCAGAGACAUACAAAUAGAAAGAAGAGCACUAAAACUGGCACCAAAGUGAGUAUUCUCAAUUAGAUGUCACAGUUCUAAAUUAUCAAUACUCCAGAGAAUCAUCACUAUUAAUAUAACGAUAUAUUGUUUAAUAGAUUUGAGAAGAUGCAUUUAUUUAAGUAUUAUAAUCCGCAUAAUAACUAUGAUAAUGUAAUCAUAAGAACAAACAAAUUCCAUCGAACAAAAAGAGUCAAACCUAUUCAUUACACUAUAAAAUGCUUUGUAUCUUCAAAAAUAAAGAAAGUCUAGAAGAUCCUGCAUUCUUAAUUGUGAUUUAUGUUAAGUGUCUUACUUAGAUAUUAAGAAAGUAUUUUGU